UUCAUUUAACAAAAAUAAGCAAAUUUUUCGUUUUUUCUCUACUUUUUUUUUUGCCAAAUUUCUGUGUGAAUUUGUGUAUAAAGAAUGGCCAGCUCGAAUGUGUCCGACUGGGAUGAGCCGCUGCCGACAUCGUCGAGCGAGGAGGUCGAGGAGGAGGAUCCGGACUACUGCAGUCCAACCAACCGCCAGCUCAGGCAGCAGGAGAACGUGGACAAGUUGCGUUCGUAUGUGCGCCGCAUGGCCUACCAGCCAUCCAUGCCGCCCAAGACACGACCCGGCGAUGUGGCCAGAUCGCAGCCCAAGAAGAAUCAGCUGAUCGACACGUACGCACAGUUCAAGGACUACUACAACCCAAAGCAGCGAGCAACGCGCAUCAAGCGGCUGCUGGGCAAGUACAAUGCCAUAACCACAGAACAGCUUGCUGAGGUACUCAAGAGCAAUGAGUCAAAGGAGCGGCGCAAGGAGGACUUCUUGAAGCGCAAGCAGGAGCUGUACUACAGCAUGCUGACCAAACUGGAGCGCCAGUGUCGCACACAGUACCUGAACGUGCUCAUCAAGAAGUUUGCCAAGUUCAUCACCCAUUUGGCCACCACAAUGCGCAUACCGCCGCAGCUGGUCGAUCCCUAUGCCCGCAUGCAGCGCGGCAUCUUCUGCAACGUGCUGCUGGCCAUCGGUGUCCAGCCUGCCUCCCAAUCGGCCAUCUACUACACCAGCGAGGAUGCCAUCGAGUAUGAUGUGUGCCAUCGCCUCGCUCACGCUCUGCUCAGUCUCGUGAUCAAGGCCUUGGACUCGGCGGCCGCUCGCGAUCCCAACGAGCUGGCCAAGUCCGUUGACUUGGACCUGGAGAUGGACAAUCACAUCAAGCGUCGCCUCAUGUGCGCUGCCGAGAAGAAGAUCACCUACGAGCGUCGUCGCAACAAGCAGACAUACAAGAAGAGCGUCAAAGAUAAGUGCCAAGUCCCCCAAUGCGAGUAGCCAGUAGUCUACAGGUUCUAGUCUCAGGUUCUACAUAUAUUUAGUCCAAUGAUAUGAGCAUCGAUCAAGUCUUUAGGUUUCGACACACAAAGCUGUUUGUGGGAUUCGGGGUGUACGCCUCGCAGUAGGGCACUUGCCAGACGCCAGCUUUUGUCUUGUGAACGCACAAUGAUCCUUCCGAAUGAGCACCUUCUCCAGGAAGCCUUCGCUCAGCUGUCGGAACUGCUGCAGAUGUUGCCGGCACUCCAGGCACUUGCCCCAGUCGGCUGGCGGUCACACACAGCUGUUGUGGCAGCUGCUCGCCCAGCUCCUAGAGCAGGAGGCGCCAGCCCAGCUUCUGAUUUAAAAUUUGUAGUCUGUAAUUUUGUUUGAAAUCUGUUUGAAAUUUUCUCGAAAAUGUGUCUCAAAUAUACCGUAAUAUACCGAACAA